CAUCAACGAUACACGUGUUUUGUAUUGUGAUGUACAGUUUGCACAGCUUUCUGCAAAUUUACGUCUUUAGAGACUAAGUGACGAGUGCAGGAAUGAAAUAGAUAUAUAUAUAUAUAUACGUUAUUCAUUAAAGGUUCUAUUUGGAAAAAGAAUGGGGAUAACGAAGCAAGAAGCACAUCGACCUGGCGCGUUUAAACAAUCGAACAAGCCACAUAAAACUGGAAGACACCGCAGUAAAGGUUCAAUAAGCAGCGAUGUUAAAGGCAAAAUUGGGGUGAAAGGACUGUCAAAACGUAUGCACAAGAAUCUUGGGAAGGAAGCUCGGAGGCAUCAGUCUUCGCAGAUAAGAAAAAAUAAAAGAGAUGAAGUGUUGCAGCAGAAAAGAAAUCUGGGUGGAUCUCAUUCUGCUCCAAUUUUAGUAUGCGUUGUUCCAUUGCAAGAGGACUUGGAUAUUCAGAGUCUGUUAUCCAUAAUAACAAAAGCAGAUGAGACUGCAAGUGUGACUAAUAGCCCAUGUGGUACAACACACAUAAGUGUACCCAGAUUUAAACAACGAUUUUCCAUUGUUGUACCACCAGUUGGUAAUGUGUUUGCCACAUUGGAUGUUGCAAAGGUGGCUACAACUGUUCUGUUUGUUGUUUCUGCUGUAAAUCAACCAGAGAAUAGCCCCAGAGAGGAGGUUCUUGAUCAAUGGGGGAAAGAAAUCAUUAAUCCUUGUAUCGCUCAGGGUUUAACUACUCCAGUGGUAGCAUUGAUGAAUUUAGAGAGUCUUCAACUAAAAAAACGUCAGGAUUAUAAGAAUCGUGUACAGACUGCAAUCAACAAAUGGUUGCCCGAUGAAAAAGUCUCACAAUUGGAUACAGCUGUCGACGCUUUAAACGUUCUAAGACGAGUUGGUUCUCAAAAACAGAGAAUUGUGUCUUAUAAGAGUAAAAGACCUCAUUUGUUGGUUGAAGAAGUCAAGUUUAAUUGCAAUGAGGACUCAACAGAACUGGGCACACUUAUGGUGUCAGGGUAUCUCAGGGAUGUACCAUUAUCGGUUAAUGGUUUAGUACAUAUACCUGGCUUUGGAGAUUUCCAAAUGUCCCGGAUCGAUGCUCCUGAGGAUCCCUACCCAAUAGAGACGAAACAACGAAAACAUGGUGAUGCAAUGGAUGAAGAACCCUCCGUCAGAGUUCUCGAACGUGCAGAUUCAAAGAAACAAGAAUCUCUUGUCAGCGAAAACAUACCCGAUCCCAUGGACGCUGAACAAACAUGGCCUACGGAAGAAGAAUUGGCUCAAGCUGAAGCCACUAGAAAGAAGAAAAUCGUGAAAAAAGUACCAAAAGGGACUUCAGAGUAUCAGGCAGCUUGGAUCCCCGACGAGGAUGGAGAGGAACUAGAUGAGGAGUAUUCGGACGACGAGUCGGAAGAGAGGAUGUCCGUAGAGGAAGCAAAGUCUCAAGCAGAUAGUGACGCAGAGGCAGAAGAAGACGAGGAGGAAUACGAGACGAUCACAGUCUCCGAAGCUGCUCCAGAUGAACAGAAAUACGACCAGGAUAUUGAUAUGAUGGAGGAGAAAGCAGCUAUAGAGAAAUUGAAAUUGGCAAAGUUGGACGCACAGUUCCCUGAUGAAGUGGACACACCCCAAGAUACACUGGCAAAAGUGAGAUUUCAAAAGUACCGUGGACUGGAGUCAUUCAGAACAAGUCCAUGGGAUCCAAAGGAAAAUCUGCCUAUCGAUUAUGCCCGGAUCUUCCAGUUUCAGAACUUCGACAGAACAAGGAAACGUAUAUUCAAAGAGUAUCAAGAGACAGAUGGAGCUCUGCCUGGAUGGUACAUCACCGUUCAUGUUGCAAACGUCAGAAGGGAUCUUUUCACUGCGUUUUGUACAUUGGAAAAUCGUCCAUUGAUAAUCUUCGGUUUACUACCGAAUGAACAAAAUUUAAUAUUCCAAUGUGGGUUCAGAAGAUUCACGGCGUGUCCAGUAUUUAGUCAACACACAAUUGGAAAUAAACAUAAGUAUGAACGUUAUUUUCAACCAGAGAGCACUGUUGUGGCAAGCAUGUACGCGCCAAUUACUUUUCCACCCUGUCCGGUACUGUGCUACCUGGAGAGAUUGAAUGGAUCAUUGGAAUUAAUUGCAACUGGUAGCGUGUUGUCCGUAAAUCCGGACAGAAUUGUCGUGAAAAGGGUAGUUCUUAGUGGUCACCUUUUCAAAGUGAACAAACGAUCAGCUGUUGUGAGAUUCAUGUUCUUUCACCGAGAGGACAUUCAUUGGUUCAAGCCGGUUGAACUACGCACAAAAUAUGGUCGUAGGGGACACAUAAAAGAACCGUUAGGUACACACGGCCACAUGAAAUGUGUAUUUAAUGGUCAGCUGAAAUCGCAGGACACGAUCAUGAUGAAUUUGUAUAAACGAGUGUUCCCAAAAUGGACGUACGAGCCUGUGCUUUUAACGCAAUCAUCUAAUCGGGAAGAGGAGAACAUGAACGUGGAAUAA